ACCCCUUGAAGAACCAUCCUUUUUAGCUCGGUGUGUAGAAGUAAAUGCGUUAUUAUAUUAAAAAAAAUAAUAAAGCAAAGCUCAUCAGAAUUUGGACUGGAAUUGCGCGAUUUUUGCUCUUGUGGAACAGAUAUUUUUUGAUUUGAUGUCCUCACGUUCAGAGCUGGAGUUGGGGUGCGGGGCCAGCCUACUCUGAAGACUGGAUGUAGGUUCUGGACGCCCGUCUUGGUGGAGUGGACGUAAAAGAUGGCGCCUUCACACGUACUGAGAUGCUGUCAGCGCGGUCUGGCUUGGAUACCGGUCAUAUUUAUCGCCUUAGUUGUAUGCUGGUCGUAUUAUGCCUACGUGGUGGAGCUUUGUAUAUACACAAUUCCAAGUACUGGUGAAAAAAUAAUCUACUUGGUUGUCUUUCACCUCUCGUUCAUCAUGUUUGUUUGGUCUUAUUGGAAGACCAUCUUCACGAGACCAGCAAACCCGUCCAAAGAGUUUUGCUUGCCCAAAGCUGAGAAGGAGCAGUAUGAGAAAGAGGAGCGUCCAGAGGCUCAGCAAGAGAUCCUAAAGAGAGUGGCCAGCAGUCUGCCGCUCUACACUCGCACUGGAGCUGGAGCCAUCCGGUACUGUGACCGCUGCCAGGUGAUCAAACCAGAUAGGUGCCAUCACUGCUCUGCGUGUGACAUGUGUGUAUUAAAGAUGGAUCAUCACUGUCCCUGGGUGAACAACUGUGUGGGCUUCUCCAAUUACAAGUUCUUCAUCUUGUUCCUAGCGUACUCACUGAUUUAUUGUUUAUUUAUCGCUGCUACUGUCCUCCAGUACUUCAUCAAGUUUUGGACACUUUGCCGGAGGAAAUCGGCAGAAAAUUGUCCAAAGAGUGACCUGCCAGACUCUCACGCCAAAUUCCAUGUCUUAUUUCUCUUUUUUGUGGCGGCCAUGUUCUGCAUCAGCAUUCUCUCACUCUUCACUUACCACCUGUGGCUUGUAGGAAAGAACAGAUCCACCAUAGAGGCGUUCCGAGCUCCAGUGUUCAGAAACGGUCCCGAUAAAAAUGGAUUCUCGCUGGGCUUCACCAAGAACAUUGCUCAGGUGUUUGGAGACCAAAAGAAAUACUGGCUCCUGCCAGUCUUCACCAGCCAGGGCGAUGGCCUCACGUUUCCAACUCGCCUGGUGGCCUCUGAUCCAGAGCAGCCAACAGUAGUUCUGCAUCCUGACACCCAGAGUAAAAGUGCUGAAGAUGGAUCCAUCCAGCAGUCCAGUCCUCUGAGCGAAUCUCAAAACCGUCUGCUCGACAACCACGUCCACACUAAUGAAGAUCAGGGAAAUGCCUUGAAGUCUGAUGAAAGUGAGACCAUCACCAUAUCCAUGGAGAGUGAGUCGUAGCCAGGUUAGUCGGCCUCACCUAGUGGUCUCGGUCUGGGAGUGGAUGAUCUGCAGUUAACCUGCUGCUGUUUCUUCGAUCAGGGCUGAUGGAGGCUGAGGAGGCCUGGUUCCUCGGGUGUUCUUCAGCCUUUCGCUCCCAGGGAGACUGUGGAGGAGAAACACAGCCAUCAAAUGAGAUGCCUUAACCUACUCCUUAUCUCUGUCACCUCCGCACCACCUCCUCAUGUACGUGGAUUUUAGAGAAGCCUAGACGAGAUGCAUUGGAUCAGAACGAUCUUGUUUAGUCAUCACAGCCUCUCCCUGCAUCUACUUUUUUGUACAGCGAAACACAUCUUUUCCAAAAUCCUGCACGAACCUCCCCACACUUCCAUUUCUCUGCCUGCUCGAGUAUCGGUGCGACUCCUAUAAAAUUGUUUGUUAGUUGUUUACCAGAAAAUGCACUAUGAUUGUUUAAGAGCCUUUUUCCCAGCGCUGUUGCUCUGCCCUGGGACUCCCUGGCACCUUUGGAGUAUGAUACGGCUGCCAUGGUUUGAGAUUGGGGGUGAUCUGAUGUUUACAUAGAGGAGAGCUGUCUAAAGAGCCAUUCACAUCUCUGGUCCAGACCCUCGUUUUUAUAUCAAUGCAGAAAUGUAUAGGAAAAGGGUUGUUGCUUUUAAUUCCAGAUUGUAGCACAGAAUAACGAUGUUUGCCUGUCUAAGACAGAACGAUUCAUGCUGCGUGAGGUAUAAGUUGAAGGGAAAGUCAACUGAAUUUUCAAAAUUUUAACGUGCAGAGGUUGAGAAGGAAACAGUCAUUCAGAAUAGUUUGUGAAAUGCACCGUUCUAGAGGAACAGAACUUUUUACAGUGGUGGUGAUGGGAACCAAGUGAUUUCUGCAAUAAAUAUAACCAUUUUAUUUACAUAUUUUUUUUGUAUGUUUACCAUGAUAAAAUAGAAUCUGAAAUUCAAAUUCUAAUCUGAAAUAGAAAUGUCUACUACAUGUACUAUUUUGCCUUAUGACACCCUGCAGUUAUAGGCCAAAAUCAUCUCUCAAAACUAGCAAAACAUAGUCUCAGGCAUCUGGUAGUAUUAAUAACCAUUUUCUGUUGAAACUUUGUGUUGGAACCUUUAGUUAGAUGUUUGGUUCCCAUAACCGCCUUUGUGAACAGUUGCGACUUGGUACAUUUCACAAGAACAUUUCGCAUCAUACCAGUUAAAUUAUUUCUACUGUCAGAACAAAACCUUUCAUCUCCAAAAAAAAAAAAAAAAUCAACUUAACAGUAGAAUGAAAAA